AUGGCAAAAGACUCACAAGUUAUAUGGGAAAAUGUAGGACCUUCAUGCAGCACGUGGCAUCAGCCGGCAACCAUGUACCUGCCAUCAACGUCGUACACAGGACCUUCAACUACAAUCAACAACGGCGCGGGGACAUCUACUGCGGGAAGCUCUGAGCGCACGGAAGAAGCAUUCCACCAGCCAGCCAACAAUCAUGCCACAAACAAUGCAGAAUCAGUGUCGGAAAUGGUAAUCGUUCCAGCAAUGCCGACAAGCACACCUUUGCACACCAGCACAAGCAACACUCAAGCAGAUGAAACAGCCGCCGAUACUGAAGUGAAUGAUGAAACCGAUGAUGAAGCACAAGGGGAUGAAGAUGGUGGGCAAUCAGAAAUCAUGGUACCUCAGCCACCGUAUGUUGGGCAGAGAUUUGAUUCAUUCGAAGAUUCCAAGGAAUUCUACCAGAGAUAUGCAAUGUUCCAUGGGUUUGCGGUCAACACCGAAUACCAUAGGAAAAUUAAAAAAACUAACGAGUACAGCAGAGGUGAGAUGAGGUGCUACAAGGCCCGAAGGAACAAGAAGGGUAAAGGUGUUGCGCCUGUCGUUCCGGAACAAAAGAGAGGUAUCAUUGUCAAGACGGAAUGCCCUGUCCGGUGUAAGCUAAACACAGAUGGAGCACGGUGGGUGGUCACUGAAUAUUUUGACGAGCACAACCACGAACUCAUAAAGAAGUUUGACCUGAUACUGUCCCUCAUCCACAGCGGAGAUAGUAGACUGAGUAGCAUGCCCUACAUACCAGCAGACGUCACAAACCUAAAAGCAAAGUACCGUAGAGAGAGCAGGUUGGCUGACAUAGAAGACACGAUAGCCUACUUCGAUGAGAAAGCGAAAGCAGAUCCAGAUUUCUUCUACAGGAUAAGAUUGGACGAUGAGGACCAUGUCAGGAACAUGUAUUGGGUGGAUGGUGCUGCAAGAAGAGCCUACAAACAUUUUCGAGAUUGCAUUUCGUUCGACGCGACAUAUCUCACUAAUAUGUACAAGAUGCCAUGCGCUCCAUUCAUAGGAAUAAAUAACCACAAUCAGUCAUUGCAGUUCGGAUGCGGGCUUGUUCGGAACGAAGGCACGGAUGGGUACACUUGGCUGUUCAAAACCUUCUUGGAGUGCAUGGGUGGACUUGCUCCGAUGAACAUAAUAACAGACCAAGAUUUUUGCACGCGUGCAAGCAUAGAGGAGGUCUUUCUGUUGGCAGUGCACAGGCACUACAGGUGGCACAUUAUAAAGAAGGCUGAGGAGACGCUAGGACCGUUCUUUGCUGACCGUCCAGAGCUGCACAAGGCAUUCGAGCUGUGCGUGGACCAUAGCUUAACGGUGGAGGAGUUUGAACGGAGCUGGAUGGCUAUGAUUGAAACAUAUCAAGUCCAAGACAACGAGACGCUUGCUAGCCUGUGGGAGAAGCGAAUGUACUGGGUGCCGGCCUACUUCAUGCAGUGCUUCUUCCCAUUUCUGCAGACUACGCAGCGCAGCGAGGGGUUCAAUGCUGUUCUGAAGCGGUACGUGAGCCCUGGCAACUCAUUGCUGCAGUUUGCUAAGCAAUACACGGCUUUGCAACAAAAAAUACUGGGAUCUGAGCUACAGCAAGAAGCAAACACCGCGCUCAAGCAGCCUAAAUUGCUAACAUAUUUACCAAUGGAGAGGCAGAUGAGCAAGACAUAUACCAACAAGAUUUUUAACAAGUAA